CAGUUAAUAAUUUAAGCAUUAGUAUCUGUCUUGAUAAGGUAUGAACUCUGUUGGCAUCUGAAAAACAAUGUUGUUACAGGUUGAUAACUUUGGAACCGUAAACCUGGUUGAAGCAUGCCGGAAAAAUGGAGUAAAGAAAUUCAUUCUUGUUAGUUCCAUUUUAGUCAAUGGAGCUGCAAUGGGGCAACUACUCAAUCCAGCUUACAUCUUUCUAAAUGUAUUUGGACUAACAUUGAUAGCAAAGCUACAAGCAGAGAACUAUAUCAGGAAAUCUGGUAUUGACUAUACCAUCGUAAGGCCUGGUGGGUUGAAGAAUGACCCUCCAAGCGGAAACAUAGUUAUGGAGCCUGAGGAUACACUUUAUGAAGGUUCUAUAUCUAGAGAUCAGGUUGCAGAAGUUGCUGUUGAGGCAUUGCUCCGCCCAGAAGCUUCUUACAAGGUUGUGGAAAUAGUUUCUCGGGUUGAAGCUCCGAAGCGUUCGUUUGAAGAACUAUUUGGUUCUAUAAAGCAACACUGAUUUUGUUAUGAUAGUAGAUAAGCCAUAUUUACAUCACAUAUCGUCUCUCUCUCUCUCUCGUUGAUAAGCUUGUUAGCUUAAGCAACCUAACUAAUGUAUAGCUGAAUUUUUGUUGAUUAUAAAAGAGGAGAAACCUGCGUGUGUUAUAUAAAAGAAAUGAGAACCUCACCCUGGUAACUGAUCCAUACUGUUGGGAUGUGAAAAAUAAAUGAUGCUGUGAGAGAGAAUUGUGGCAAUUGAGCAAGAUAGAAUGCUUUAAAGGUGUGCACAUGGGGAUGCACUUGGAUAA